GCAGGUUGGAAAGAAAUACUAAAUACUUCAGCUGGUCUUUUACAGCAAGGUGGAGUCAUUGGUGUACCCACUGAUACCAUCUAUGGCAUUGCCUGCUUGGCACAGAACUCUCAGUCUAUUAGCAACAUCUACAAUGUGAAAGGAAGAAAUGGAACUAAACCUUUAGCUAUAUGUGUUGGAGACAUUGAGGAUAUAUACAGGUACUGUCAGGUUAAUGUUCCAGACCAAUUGUUUCGUGACUUGUUACCAGGACCAGUUACUCUUGUAAUGGAACGCUCAGAUGGCCUUAAUAAGGAGCUUAAUCCUUAUACUUCUUUGGUUGGUGUUCGUAUUCCUGACCAUGCAUUCAUCAGACAGCUGGCACAGAUCUGCUCGGAGCCCUUGGCACUAACAAGUGCCAACAUCAGUACGCAGGAGAGCACAUUGACAGUAGAGGAAUUUAGGGACCUGUGGCCUAUGUUGUCGCUAGUGGUUGAUGGAGGACCUAUUGGAGAUUUGCAGAGCCCAGAGUGUCGGUUGGGAUCAACAGUGGUUGACUUGUCUAUACCUGGGAAGUUUACAGUUAUCCGACCUGGAUGGUAA